GGUACCGGUGUCAGAGAUCAGCGUGAAAGGCGGAGGGGUUAGAGUCUCUAAAUGUGUCGGCGCUUUUAGGCAGUAACUGUGUAAAAUAGCCCUGCCUGGUCGGUUUCCGGAAGGCCGUGUGGUUGCUUUUAUAUAUAUAUAUAUUUUAUUGGUUACGGUGACAGUGAUCCGACUGGCACAGUUUACUGCACCCCACCGUGAGCAGAGCGCUGCACCUCGCUGAAUACUUUAGAAAAAAAGUCGGCUCCGUUUCGCCAUCGCCUGAGAUCAUUUGUCGUGUACACGCCACUUUAUUUUAAAAAUAAUCACAAUAAAGUGGAUCUUAUUCGUCGCGGUUGCCUGCGUUUCUGGGGUUAGCGAUGUUCUAGAGCGGGAUCCGUGCCCGGGGAGUACACGUCGCCUGUCCGGCCCGCCCGGAGUGUGCCUGGAUCUGCGGCGGAGUUGGCUCGGGGAGGCCAUGGCCGUGAAGCUGACCACGCAGGCCUACUGCAAGAUGCUGUUGCACGCUGCCAAGUACCCGCACUGCUCGGUGAACGGGCUGCUGGUGGCCGAGAAGCAGAAGCGCCGGGAGGGCCAGGCGGGGCUGUGCGUGGACUGCAUCCCGCUCUUCCACGGCCCCCUCGCCCUGGCGCCCAUGCUGGAGGUGGCGCUGACCCUGAUUGACAGCUGGUGUAAGGAAAACAGAUAUGUGAUAGCUGGGUAUUAUCAAGCCAAUGAGCGCAUUAAGGAAAUCAGACCUAACCAAGUCGCAGAGAAAGUGGCUGCCAGGAUUGCAGAAAACUUCAGCGAAGCCGUGCUGAUCAUGGUGGACAACAAUAAAUUUACCAUGGAUUGCUUUGAGCCAAUAAUUACUGUCUAUGAGCACCACGACAACAAGUGGAAAUGCAGGGACUCAAAUUUCGACUGCUGUGAGGACUGGAUUGAAGCGCAGAAGAUCACGGCUGCUCUUCUGGAGGGCAGGUCGUACGAGAGCCUGGUGGACUUUGACAAUCACCUGGAUGACCUGAGGAAUGACUGGACUAACCCCGAGAUCAACAAGGCCAUCCUGCACCUCUGCUGAGGGCUCCAGAAGCAGGAACACUCUUCAGAGCCAUUGCUGCCCAACAGAACUGGGAUCUUUUUGCUUUUUGUUCCCCCCCGUGAACUGUUUUUCAUGAGCAGAGCUGUCUGUGCACAGGCGAUGCUGACUAAACAAUGAGUGUUUAGAAGAGUCCGGAAGCAGGGGUACCCGGUAUCACAUCUGCAGUUUUAAUGUGAUGGAAAGUAAUCAGGUUUCUAUUGAAAUAACAGGUAUCCUUCAGACAGCUGUGUAUGUGGAAUCACGGGCGUGGUGAGUCGUAGUUUCUCAUGGCUGUUUCUGUGUAAACUUGUGAUGUACUGCUGUUCGGGUGCAACACUACUGCUGUACUGCAGUGGCAUUAGUAAUUAAUAGUUAAAAGACUAUAUUGAAGGGAUUAAUUAAUUAAAAAUGGUUAUUCCGGUAAUGUGCAGAUUCAGAUGAUUAAGACAAGAGGUAGACUAAUUGUAUUCCUGAAAUUACAAUUUACAAUUAAUUUUUUUUUAUUUGAUAGCCUUGCCUGUAAAUUAGAUUUCCUAGUGUGUAUAAGUCAUGUUGUUCCUAGAACUAUUCUUGAGUGCUUCCUGUCCAGGUUUAGGAAUAGCAUUUGUUGUUAGAAUUCCAUCAUGUAUGAUGUUUAAAAUUGUAUUUCCGAAUCAAAAUUGUCAUUGCAUUUUUUAACCUUUUAGCCAGACUAUACAGAAAACUAAAGUAGUCAUUUUUGACUUAUGUAAAUGCUGCUUUUGACCAUUUCCUUUGAAUAUAAAGAUUGACCUGACUUUUUAGUCUAUUAGACUAGCACAUGACCACAGUGAAAUAGAACAUUCUACUGAGAACCAGGAAACGUGAGUGGAAUCUUUGGUGCAUCAUUUCAUUAUCUUAGAAGACUUAAUUGAUACAAAUUCUUUAAAAAAAUCAAAGUCAUUUUUAUAGUCCUAAGCAUCAUAACUGUUUCACCUGAAUUACGUAGCUGCCGCAAUUGGCACCACAGAUUCGUCUAAAUUUAGGAAAUUGUUUAACCUGUUUUUUUCUUUCAAGUUAAAUGCUAAUUUUAAAACACCACAGUAAGAUACAUUUUUGUUGUGCUAGAAGAAUUCUUUAUUGACCUUCCCGGAGCUUCUCCCAUUCUGUGUGCUCCGGAGGUGGCUUUGGGAAUGCAGCGCUGAGGAAAAGGUGGAGCGAAACGAAUGGGGGAUGUUUUCUGUGAUAACGGCCUUCAGACAGGGGGCCUGACAGGACAGCAUUGUCCAUGGCCAUCACUGUGGACACACAAGAAAAAUGAGUAAUUAAGGAAAUUAACUACAGAAGUGUGGAAUUUACUACCAGUAAUGAUAGUCUCCAUUUACUCUAAACUGUAAAAGCCAUCUCUUCCAUCUCAUCAUAGGUCAUCACUUCAGUUUUGCCAGUGAACAUUAUCUACUUAACGGUUAACUAGUUAUUGGCCAGAUACUUCACACCUGUCCCCAAUUAAAUGCUGGCAUCAUGAACUGUGUAAUUUGCAGUUGGCAGGCUGGUUUAAAGUUUUGUUUUAAUCUGAGCUUUUAGCUCAACAUGUGAACAGCCAUGUUAUCACAUUGAUGUGAAUGUCUACAAGAAACAUAUUAUCCAGAGUGAUAAUUCACAAUAUGCACAAUUCUCUUCAAAAUGCAAUAUUUCCUAAGAUCCUUAAAUAGUAUGGGUAUGUAUCAAUAGUUUUCAUAACCAGCAUGAAAAAAAAAACAGAUUUCUUGGACUAAUAGCUGCAGAUGAGGACAGUCUACUAAUUUGUGGUACAGUAUGUCUGCCAAAGUCAUUUAAAUGUAAUAGGCAUGGAAAUGCUCAGGAUUUUUAUCUUAUAGGAUUCAUAUUCAUUCUGGACCCUGAAAAACUCAACAAGAUGUUGAUUUUGAACUGUUUGAAGUUGUUGAAGCCUUAUAAAAUAUUUAGUCUUGUGUUUGAAAACCUUAGUGUUAUUCAAUUCAAUAUUCAAAUGGUCUGGGAGCCAUUGGUUUGCUAAAAAUAAUUUAGAAAAUGUAUAAGAUUUGUGUGUUAUAAUUUAUAUGCAUUUCAUAACCUCAGAGUUAAUCCCAUGUAUUGUAGUCUGGUAUUUUAAUUCCCAAUUGCUGUAUAAAUCUGAUAAAGUCCAAUCGUUUUAUCUUCCAGAUCAGGUUUUAGACCACAGUCAUCUUAAAAUGUAAAUUAGAACUAAUAAAAUGUUUUUAAAAUCUA